GUACACCGGCUGCAAUGGGAGUUUUUACAGCUGACCGACCACCGUCCGCCUUAAUUGCCGUGCAUCGAUGGCCGUAAUGGUUUUUUAAUGAGCGGGAGAGAUCGGAAUCGGUAUAGCGCGACACACUAGUUUGUUGUAGCUUCUGCGUGCCAGCGACCAGCUGGAGGAGGUAUCUCUCCUCUGCUCCCCCACCCGCUGGGUUAUCGCUUGGGCGCGCGGGACAAACGACAGCUUCUUAUCAGCAAGCGGCACGCACACACAGUCGCACAAUCAGUAGCGCAAGCUACACGCACACAGCACUACAGCCCCGCCCCCGCCCCCGCUAUCCCCGUCCAACUGAUCUGGGCUUGGGCAAGCGAUUUGUACAUUAGUUUAGUUGCUCACUCUGUGAUUGGGAUGAAGAAGUUUCUAUCGCGGAGAAUGCUUAGCCUGGAUCAAUCCAUGUUGAACGACGAUGACGAGGAGAAUUGCGACACAUAUGCCAGCGGCGGCGGUCAGAACUUGCUGGUUCAGCCGGAGCAGCAGCAGCAGAACCAGGCCAUGGCGCAGGCACCUUCCAAACCUCUGGCGCCCUUUGCUCUGUUCUUUCGGGACACCGUGACGGCCAUCAAGCAGCAGAAUCCGUCCUGCUCGUUGGAGCAAAUGCAAGUGAUAGUGCAAACCAUGUGGGAGUCCCUGGACGAGACGCAGAAGAACGUCUAUGCCCUACGGCACGAGCAGGAGAAGCGCGAGUAUGUCCGUCUGAUGAGGGGCUAUCGCCACCAGCUGUCCGAGUCGGAGGCCGCGUCGGAGUCAGAGGCCCCACCACCAGUAGCUCCCAAUCAGCCAGCCCCUCUAGUCACAACCAAAUUGGGGUCUGUCGAGGAUCUGCAACAGUCGGUGGAUGCCCAGCAGGAGCCGCCGCCCGAUCAGAUACAGCUCCUCACCGAAGCGGCUAGGGUGCAGAAGUGCACCCGGGAACAGUGCAAUAAGCCGGCCAUCAUAAAUCCGGACUGGGAGGACGAGUACUGCAGCAACGAGUGCGUCGUCAUCCACUGCCGGAAUGUGUUCAACCACUGGGUAAUAUCCAUGAACUCAUAGCUGCCACCCGCUACGCCGAGUCUAGAUGUAAACUCUUUUCAUACGCUGCACAGUUCUAGCCUGGCGAGCCCACAUUCGGCAUGCUGAACGUAUAUUAUUAAGGAUUAUAUGAUUGGGAGGCACUUAACUAUACGAUAAUUAUUGUAAUCCCAGUUUCAAUUGUAAUUAGCAUCUGUGGGGAAUUUAAAUGAAUGCGGAACGCGCUUUGUAUGAUACUUUAAUUGUAGGAAAUAGCGAAUAGAUAAUAUGUAGAACGGAAGAAUAAGAAUUUACAAAGCAUUUGAUUUGAGGCCCAAUUGAUUCAUAAUUUGGAUAAAUUGUAAAGUAUAUUGUUUUUAUUUAGAAAAGAUUUCACUAUUAGUUGGUAGCGAACUUUAUUUUUAAGAUUCCUCUCCCAGCCGAAUGAAAAUAAAAGCCAUUUUUAAUAUAUGGUAACUUUUAAUAAAUACACACAUUUAUUACUCUUGCACUUCAUUAUCAAUGUAUCAAUGCCGUUGCUUACAAAAAUUCACUUUCGCUCGCUUCGUUCAAUAUUUACCAAAUAAGUAAAAUUUAUAAAUAAUUUUAAAAAUAAAAUGUUAGAGACGUUUCCUUGGUUGCCUUGCUGAAGUAAUGCGCCAUUGUUACGAGUACGAGUUAAAUAAACAACAGUAUAAAAAGUUCAAGCUUAAA